CUUCCUGAGAAUGCGUUCUUAGAAUGUUCAGUUCAUAGCGGGUGAUGACCCUCACAAGUUAAAUUCCACAUAUCGACAUGAAGACGGUGAGCCACUUGAAGUUGCUUCUGCUGGUUUGCAUCCAUACAGUCAGGGAAAUUAGCAGUUUAUCCAUCGUGGGCCAAACUGGUGAGAACAUCACUCUUCCAUGCAAGUACAACAUUCAUAAAAAUGGACUUUUGUCGACUUGCUGGGGCCGAGGACUUAUACCAUACUCAGGAUGCGGCAACCUGAUAAUCAGCAGCGAUAGGUUAAAGGUCAGAGGAAAAACAAACAGGUAUAAGCUACUGGGUCCGUUGAAGUCUGGAGAUGUUUCUUUGACGAUCCUGAAUGCAACAAAGUUGGACAGCGGGCUGUACGGCUGCAGGGUGGAGAUCCCUGGUUUCUGGAAUGAUGAUACACAUUCCAUCAUGCUGACCAUAAAGGAAGCUCCUCAAAUGACCACCACCACUAUAAAGACAGACGCGUCGACAGCAAAAAUGGCAGCCAGUAUUACAGCAGUUGAUACGACCUCAACAGAAAGCCUUCAAACUUCCUCCUUAUACAACAUAAAAACAGAAACCAAGAAAGGCGUCAGACUGGCUGCGGUUCUGAUGGGUGUCCUUUUCGGGCUGAUCCUUUUGACUACGGUCAUCGUCGUCACCUUCAUAGGCAGACGUCGGAAACGGCGCAUCAAAAUCCGCCAGCAGCACCCACCGGUUGCCGAUUCCAUGCGGCUCAGCUCUACAUCGUCUCUGCAUCGCCACAAUCACGUUUCAGCGGUGGAGAACAUCUACCAGAUGGAUGGAGAUGGAGGAGAAUAUGACUACUUGCCCUGACAGUCCUAUCAUCUCCGUCUUCGCACCAUGCGUCCAAUUCUGACUGACAGGCAUCAUCAAAACAUAAAUUAGUAUAAAAAGCUAUUAUUUAAUUUGAGCAACAUAAGCAUCGACACCUAAUGUCUCUCUUACCGAUAUUUUUGUGUUAGUAAGUGUCGUUUGUUUGUUUACUGGCUGUAGUGUUUUAAAGAGUUUUAAAAUAAACACAAUUGGCAGUGAAUGCUUGAACAUGUUGGGGUCUAAGAGAAGAAAAUUGAUUUAAAAAAAUGCUCCGAUUUUAUCUGGUUGUUUAAAUUGUCAAGUAUCCACAAAAUCCAACCCAUGAUUAUUA